AUGCGACGAAUCCCGUUUCACGCCAUUUCCCUAAAAUAUUCCCAUCCACCUGCCUCGCUUCAGUGGGCCAUGCUUUUCAUUGUAUUCUUCCACCUUCUUGUUCUUCACGGCAGGCCCGUAGCUCUCCAUCGAGUUCUGAAAGAGAAAACGAAGCUUCGCAUCCGUGACAUCCAGGCACUCGAGGUCAAGUUUUUCCCGCAGCGCCACGGGGAUCUUUUCCCGCUCCACACCGGCGUCGUAGUUCUCCUGCAGCCGGGCAAUGCGUACGGGGUUUGUGGUGUAGGCGGGCUGAGACAUGGGCAUGGCUGGGCAGCUGUAUGCUUGUGUGACAGCGGGGCCGUAUGCUAUGCUGUCCGCAGUGGGCGUGCGCGCUCGUCGAUCGUUUGCCCACGUCGUCGAAGGCGCGGGAAGAGGGAAGGCAUGAAAUGCGUGAGAGAAGAGAAGAGAAGAGAAGAGAAGGGAUGUAGGAAAAGGUGA